AUUUAUUUAAUCCCAAUUUAGCGUCGGUUAGGUAUAAGUAGACAGUAUAUCUGUACAACUCUCACUCUGAAACAUAUAAUCAUAUUGAAUAGUCAGUUAAAAAUAAAUAUGUUUCAGGAAACGGUUAUUGCUAAGGUUAUUUUUAAUUGCAAAACACGUGACAAAGUUAGUGUUACGAAUGAUAUCAAUUCGUUUAACUUUUCUACAUUUAAAAAUAAUUUAUCGUUUCUUAAGUUAGUUCUAUCGUCGUUGGUGGAAUGUCAAGAGAAAGUGUUUGAAGAAAGACUCAACGUUCAAGAUAAUGAUUACAAAAUGGAUGUGCCAAAGGAGCUGUUCGAGCAUUUCACAGAUAAGUCCGAAAUUGAGAAACAAAUAUCGUAUUUAGAAAAAGAAUUCAAUCAGUUGCCAAAGAAAAAUAUUUUCAUUCCGACCUUUGCUCCAGCUUUUCUAAAUAGAGCUUCAAAAGAUGACAAGAAGAAACCAAUUAUGUAUGAUGUAUUAACCAUAAUAUUUACACUGACUGACUCCAAAUUUAGACAGAAACAUUUUAGAGAGUUACUGAAUUAUUAUUAUCAAACAUUUAGUAAGUCUGCUACUCGACUGAAAACUGUUAGUGAUAGAAAUGAACUUGACUAUCAGUUAAAAACUCUUUUACCUCUGGUGAAAUUUGAAACUUUGAUAUAUUUGCUAAAGUUUGAAAAUACAACUGAACAAAAAGAACUGGUAAAUGAUUUGAAUUACUAUGUUAAAUAUCCUCAGUUGAAUAGAGAAGAUUGUAUUCAAAUAAUAUCGAAAGAGAUAGGAACAUGCGAAUUUGAACUUAUGGAUUACGAAAUAGUUCGUUUGGGUCAAACUCAUGGCUAUUUAGGAGCGUAUUACUCCUUUAGACCCACAGUAAGACAUAACGGAGAAAUAGAGAAAUUUAAACUGUUUGUUAAAGUUUUAGUAGCUAGCAACGAACAAUUAACAGCAAUUGCACAAUCCGGUGCGGCAAAACUAGAAGAUAUUUUUUAUAAUACCUUAGUGCCAGAGUUUGCAGAAAACGGUUUGGGCCCUUUACUAGACUUUGCACCCAAACAAUAUUUCAGCAGACAUAAUGAUGUUUUAGUACUAGAAGAUUUGAUUGAGCUGGGUUAUAAAGCAAUUCCUAAUGAUGCAACGCUAAGUUACGAACAAUUAAAAGCCUGCUAUAUUGAAUGUGCGAAAUUUCAUGCUGUAUCAUUUAUUCUAGAAGACAUACACUCCAAACGGGAAGGUAAAAUAGUUCGUAUAAGCGACCUCUAUGGUGAAUUUGAAGACUGGAUUUUUUUGGAUAGAGAAGGUAUUCCUACCACUCCACUCUGCACAAAAAAUAGUGGUCCUGGUACUUUAGCGCUCAUAGAUAGUUUUCCUCAGUUUUCAGAUGUACUUACCAAGGAUGAUUUAAAGAAAAAAGUAUCAGAAGUAUUGGCGAAUAUUUCUAGUAAGUUGAGUGCCCACAAAACGUUUAGAAAUGUUCUUUGUCACGGAGAUUUAUAUGCUAGUAAUCUAUUAUUAAAAGAAAACCCAAGCGAUAAUUCAUGGAGAUGUAAAUUAGUUGACUUUCAAGCAAUGCGUUACGGUCCUCUAUUCCAGGAUAUAUUGUUACUUCUCUAUUCCAACGCGGAAAAAGAAACUAGAGAUAAAUAUUUUUAUAUCUUGUUGGACGACUAUUAUAACGCGUUAACAGCCUUUUUGAAAGAAUUUGAUUUAGAUAUUAAAGAACAUUAUCCACGAAAGGAGUUCAUGGAGGAAGCUGAAUAUAUGAAAGGUAUACUACUUAUUGUCGGAAGUCUAUACGUUCAAUUACUUAUUACACCAGAAAAAUUGAGAAAAGAGGUACUGCAAGAUAACGAGAAAUACCAUUAUUAUAUAAAAGUCAAUAGGGCAGAGUACAUGGAACGAUUAUUAGCACUUUCCGAAGAAUUUUCCAAAUAUACGGAAGGCAUGGUUCGAGAUAUGUACGAUUUUUUUAAAGACUAAAUAUUUUCUCUAUCUUAUAGAAAUAAGUAAAUUUAUUAGUACAUAGUUUUAUUUGUAUAUACAAAUAGAUUUUUUACCUAAAUAAAAUAGUUUAUAAUUCAC